AGUUACGCGGCGGCCGGCCACCCGUGCGAGCGUACCGCUCUCUCAGAGUAGAGUCGAAGGUCCAACUCUCUCAGGAUCUUUCACCUGUCGUCUCGUCGUCCGCGCUCUCUUUCUUUCAUUCUCUCUCGCUCGACGUCUCGACAUCUCUCGGGUGUUCCGGUUCGACGUCCAGGAUCGACGCGCCGGGCGUCGUUUCGUAUCGCGGUGAUUCACUCAUCACGCGGGAUCGAGCGGUUUUUCCUAACGGGGGUGGCUUCUAUCUCCGCGUGUUCGGUGCUUCAGAGUGACCAGAUCGCCCCCAUCGAUCCGUCACCGGUGUUAAAUGAUAGAUCGCGCGACCGUCCAUCUCGCGAUUGAAUAGGGACUAAUCGGCGGCAGAGAGGGAAGUGCAUCUAAGGAAUCAGGACUCUGACGGGAAGUACGACGAUGUUGUCCGACAGUACGACGACGCUAAGGCAGCAACGCUAAGACAUCCGCAGGAAUCUGCAUGCGAGUACCCAGAUCGGAAGUAUUCGGGCUCCUCGGUGGGGCGCUGACCUCCGACAUCAGGAAGGACCCGCCUUGCCCUACGACGACGCACGCAGGUCGGUGACAUACAACAUCAUCACAUCGCACAUCCACGUGUGUGCCGUAUCCUCACCACGUUCGUUCAUUCGUUGUUGCGCGGGAGGAGGCUGCCGCGCGCUUCUGCUCCUGUGUUUUUUCUUUUUGUGUGCCUGUGUAUGUGUGUGUUGCCUGUGGGAAUCGCGUCGACUCCAUUGACAGCAGGGGCCUCAUCAUUUCUGCGUUUUCCGAUUCUUCUUUCGUGUUUUUUCUUCCUCUCUCCUUUGGAUCUCUCUUUUCUCUCUGUCGGCUCUCUCUCCUUCUCGUACAUUAUUCAUUCACGACCGAUCGAUAAUCCAAAACGAUCGAGAGAGCAUUCGAUCGGCUGACGGGAGUCGCGCAAAGGAUUUUCGACCGCGCGUUGCCGCAAAGGCUGUCGUCUGAUCUCUCGUUGCCGUUUCUACCUCAUUUUCUUCCCCCUUCUCUCACCCUCCCUCCGUCGUCCUUCCGGCGCGGCGCGCAUGCUUCAUUAUUAAAGGGAUGUAUCGAUGCCAGUUUUUCGCGUCCCUUUGAGCGCGACGCGCUGUUUUCUAACGACAGAUCGGCGUGGACUGUGCAACACACACGCACCGAUCUCGCUCUGUACAAUCUCGUCAUUCGCGCGUAAGAAUUAACAAAAGGGACCUCUCAAAACCUUACGAAUCCAGAGCUCCGAUGUCCUACACGCUGAUCGGAGCAAACGAUACGCGCUCGAGUACACUGGGGCUCACGUGACCUGCUAAUCGCGAGGAAUCGCGGACGCGCCUACCACACAUCUCGGACUGGUUUGUUUUUCGCGGCGCGGAAUCGUGAAUCGCGCAAUCGCGGGAUGCCACGCGCGAUCGGCGCGCUCGCCCGAUGAGCAGCCGGCGCGAUUGAACGCGGAUUGCGCGAGGUCGCAAGCGCCGAAGCGCCGCUGAUCCGUGACGCGCGAUGCGCACCACCGUCGAGGACAGUGCCGGCAGGACGGAAGCGACCGGCGGCGUCGCGGCGCAUCAUCAUCACCAUCAUCAUCAUCAUCAGCAUCAGCAUCGCGGCGCUUCGUCCGACGUCGUCGCCGCCGCCGUCCGGCACCUGGGCGUCGAGCAGCAGGAGCGAUCGGCGGCGGCGCCGAUCCAUUUGGCCACCGUCACGCCGUACCACCAGCUCACCAUCGCCGCGGACACCAACAACAACCACGACCAUCAUCGGAACCUCGAGCACCACGCGGCGCAACGUCACGAUCACUGGAACAAGUGGCAACUGCAUUCGCCGAACGGCGAUAGCGACAACAGCAACGGUAGCCAACGUGCGGUGGCUGUUACUCGUAGCGAGGUAGAGCAGCAACAGCAACAACUACAUCGCCAACGACAGCAGCAACGUCAAGCGACCGCUACCGUUCCGGUUCUCGCCUGCACUAAUCAAUCGUCUAUCACCACGACUACGACCGCUCUCACAGUGGCAUCAAGCAUGCUACUUUUGCAGACACAGAGUCCCUUUGGUAGUUUCGGGGAGUUCCUGAAUAGCCCUUACCCCGACGCUACGGAUGCCGGAAGCUUGCCCGAGGAAUUGGACCCCUUUCCGGAACUACAACUCGGGAAUCCGCAGGGCGUACCUCCGGUCGACGACUCUGCUCAGUCUCACCAAAGUGUACACCAUCAACCAUCGCAACCGCCACCUCCACCGCCAUCCCUUCCCGAAGACCUUCAAACUGAUUCUCUUAGUCCUACGCCGUUACCGAGCUUCCAGGAGACCUACACGGUGCAGCGAUACAGGCAGGAGCUCCAGGGUCUCGGUAUAAAGAUGGACGAUGACUGCUAUGACAGCUCGGUAUAUUCCUGCACUCCUACUCAUUAUCCGACCGAGUUCUCCCCGGCGGUGCCGUAUCACGAGCAGCAGCCACAACAGCAGCACCCCCAGCACCACCACCCGCAUCAUCAGCCGCAGCAGGCUCCGCAUCAUCAUCAAAGUUACUUCCCCACGGAAUCGGCACCUACCCCGACAACGGCAGUUGUACCGCCCUCCAAUCAUCGGCAGGAUCCAUCGUACGGGGUGGCUGUCACUAUGCCCAUGGUUUAUGGGGCACCGACACCCAUCGCCAGCGUAGCCACUCCCGUAGUUCCUAGCGAUCUCUGUCCGAAUGUUGACACCAGCGUCGUCAUUGGCACCACUCGGCCACGAAGGGCGUCAUUGCCCACCCAGAGAUCAGAAUCAGCAAGUAGUGGGAGCACGGAUUCCCCGAAGCCGCGCGGCGGCGGUACCGUGAGUUCCACCGUCAGUUCGCCGUCGCCCGGAAGCGGCACCAGUGGUGAACGCGCACCUCCGAGCCCGAGCCAGCUCUGCGCCGUGUGCGGCGACACCGCGGCCUGUCAGCAUUACGGUGUACGCACAUGCGAGGGUUGCAAGGGCUUCUUCAAGAGGACCGUGCAGAAGGGCUCCAAGUAUGUCUGCUUGGCCGAGAAGGCUUGCCCGGUAGAUAAGCGCCGGCGAAACCGUUGCCAGUUCUGCAGAUUCCAGAAGUGCCUGAUGGUUGGCAUGGUCAAGGAGGUCGUUAGAACAGAUUCUCUGAAGGGCCGUCGAGGCAGGCUGCCUUCAAAGCCCAAGUCACCGCAAGAAUCCCCACCGAGUCCGCCGGUCUCUUUGAUCACCGCUCUGGUUCGCGCCCACCUCGACACAACGCCGGACAAGGCAAGCCUCGAUUACUCACAGUAUCGACAACCCAGACCCGGCGAUCCUCCGAUGACCGAGGCCGAGAAGAUUCAACAGUUCUACAAUCUACUGACAACCUCGAUCGAUGUUAUUCGAAACUUUGCCGACAAAAUCCCCGGAUUCACGGAUCUGGUGCGGGAAGAUCAGGAAUUGCUUUUCCAAUCGGCCAGUCUAGAACUAUUCGUGCUAAGGCUGGCGUACCGCACACACCCAGACGACACGAAGCUGGUCUUCUGCAACGGCGUUGUCCUCGCGCUGGAGCAAUGUCAGCGCAGCUUCGGCGAUUGGCUGCACAGCAUUCUUGACUUCUGCAAAGCCCUCCACUUCCUGGAGGUCGAUAUCAGCGCCUUCGCCUGCCUGUGCGCUCUCACCCUGGUUACUGAGAGGUACGGAUUGAAGGAACCGCAGCGCAUGGAACAGCUGCAGAUGAAAAUUGUUUCGUCCCUGCGCGAUCACGUGACCUACAACGCCGAGGCGCAGAGGAAGUCGCAGUACCUGUCGUAUCUACUGGGGAAGAUACCGGAGCUGAGGAGUCUUUCGGUCCAGGGCCUCCAGCGGAUCUUCUACCUCAAGCUGGAGGACCUGGUGCCGGCGCCACCCCUGAUCGAGACGAUGUUUGUCGGUAGCUUGCCCUUCUAAAAGCCGAGCCGAGCGGUCUCGCCAGCACAUAGAACAAUUACUUUCUCAGACCCAUGCGGUUGCGUUAUCUUCGUUCUAAUUGCAUCCUUCUUAGUUCGUAUUACACGUAGCUUUACUCUCUUCUUGCGUGUAACCUCGCGCGGUCGUUCCCGCGGGUACGUUCGGGUUCUCGACGACAUCCCGUUGACGUCCUCUCGCGCUGUACGAAGGAUAUCCCGAAAGGGAUCGCUCGUCGAGCGGGAAGAGCGAGGAUAGCCAUCACUGGUCGUACGAGCGAGCGCGGACGGAAGCUGUCCGCGCGAACGCGAACGUUAAACUUAAGGGAAAGUUCUGUUGUACGUAUGUAUGAGCGAAUGAAUGCGAAUAUGUGUGUGUGUGUGUGUGUGUGUGUGUGUAUGUGUGUGAGUGUGUGUAUGUAGAUGUGAGCGGACAUGCGAACGUAAGUGUACAGAAUGACUUGACGUAGGUCUCUGCAUGCGCGACGUGUCGGGUGGCGGGUGUCACACGUCGUCAUUAUACUACUAGUAGUAAGUGCAUCACGAUUGUUGUUGCGCUGCUGCUGCUGCUGGUGCUGCUACGUUGGAGAACAACGGAUCGGCGCGAGCUGAUGACAGGCACGAGCGAACAAAGAGAGAGCGGGCGCGGGGCGGGCCGCGGCGAUUUCGCUGCUAUUCUCCCUUCUAGCUGUAGUAGAUUUCGUGCGGACUUCAUGGGUGUGGACAGGAGAGAGGUCCUUCUAUAUAUAUGUAUAUAUAUAUAUCUCUCUCUCUCUUUCUCUCGCAGGAAGAUUCUCCGCGCGAAUUUUUCUCACUUUUCUACCUAGUUUGUACGAGGCUCUCCGUGCUCACGCUCGGCUCGCCUCGUCGCCGCCCCACGGCCCACGCGCGCGACCCGCCACUUCUUGAACACGUGUGUUAAUACCCUCGGCAAAAUACCUUGCCCGUCGCGGGGGAACGCAUCGGCGAUUCGCAACAUAUCAGAGCAACGGCGGGGAGGGCGGACGACGCCCGUCCGUUUUGACAGUAGACGUAGGAUGUGACUGUCGGUCGCGCUCUUGACGGCAGGACGAUGCCGAGUGCAGAUCGCAUUGAUUGCUUUUGUUCAAUUUUCCAUAACAAGAAGCGAUGCCCAACUAAAUAUAUCCUUUUAUUUGUUCUUCGUUGUUUUAUAUCGCGUGGACAUGUCAGUCCUGAUGACAAGGCGCUUUGCGUUCUCGAGGCAAAUACGAUUGAUGAAGAAUAUCAAAUGGGAAACUCGCCGACUAGAAACUAAGAUAUAACUGGAAAUUUGCGAAUUUACGUGCAUUACGUGCAAAAGCUGCAACGUGUCCCUCGGGUGCGUUAAUGGAAAACGAGUUUAGUAACGUCGCUAUUACUUUUAUGAGUUUACGGUAAAUUGUGGAAAACUUGAGACCUGUUUGAUUAGAUAUUAUAUUUCAAUCGUAUAGUAUUUUUAUACACACUUUUACACGUUUUAUUAAUACACGUCCAGCUUUUAAUGAUAUUAUUAAAAAUUCAACAAGUUUUUCAAGUGCCAGAGUUAUCUCAAGCCCUAAAUUUUCACCAGACAUUUUUGCAAGUAUUUUACCAGACAGCUCCAAUAAUAAUUAACCUCAUUAAAAGUAAUCGAACAAAUUAAUUGUCGAAUAAAACGAGUUAACACCCUUUUUUAUUUUAAUCGCAUAUUUUGACGUCAAAAACAGAGUAGCGCGCAAAACAGAUUUCAGAAGCCUCGAAACGCAGUUUAGAGAUUUUUGAUAUAUCAUGAGAUUUCAUGUGUCCUGUGCUCCUUUUUUUUCCUCUCUCUUUCUCUCGCGUGACGCACUCGCAAACAAGCUUGGCAUUGUCAAUCACCGUUCGAGCGCCGUCCGAGGCGCAUGGUCGAUAACGAUCGACUCUUUACCACUACUCUUGCGUUUAUGUGAUUUUAGGGAGCUAAGGCGAAGAAACCGCGGGCCCGCCUCGUUUGUGAAUGCGACAGACAAGAGAUGAAUUGAACGCGAGACGACGAUGCGGGCCCGGUUUAAAGUUACCUAUUACGUUAUGACAUUUACUUUUUUAAUCAAACUAACGUAGAGUGUCCUAUUUAUAUACGUAUAACGCGCCGCUACUACUACUUAACUACUACAACUACUACUUUACUAUACCGUUAUACUUACUACUACUCAUUGAUAGCGUUACUACUCUAUGGCGUUACUACUACCACUACUACCACUGUUACCAGCGCUACCUUUACUACCACCUUGUGUUACCAUUGUCUCGCCACAGUAAGCUUCGCCGUCGUUGUCGUCGUCGUCGUUAAAAUGCAUCCCCCAUUGCACUAGUAUCCUACGAUCGACGCGAUAGACGGCAGAGGAUGCUGAUCGAGACUCUCAAAUAGGCGUCCUCGCCGCCAGGAUUACCGCAGUCGACAUGCAUCUCUGUUUUCGAUGUAUAUCUUGAUAUUUUAUCCACGUUCAAGUACCGUAAGAUAAAGUAAGAUUGCAUAUUGGGAAUAACUUCGUAUUGAUGCGAAAAGGGAUUUCACGAUUAUUUUUCACCCAAUGUUGAAUAUAUUUAAAUAUAUUUAAAUAUAUAAAAAUUGUUUGAAGUAUUUCUUUAUUCGCGAUUUUGCCUUUUAUCUUGAUUAAAAACGUUGUUAUAUAUUAUUAAAAUUUUUAUUACUUUAUUAUUUUAUUAUUAUUAAAAAAUUAUUAUAUUUUUUGUAUAUUUUUUGUAGCUUUUAAGGUUUCUUUUAUUUCUUUUAUAAUUAUAGUUUUAUUUAUACACUGAGAGAGAUAAUGUCCGUGGAAGUAAUAUUAAGCUUUAGCCUUAAUCGCCUAUGGUUGCUUUAAUUAUCUUCUUAGACUAUGUUAGAGAUAAUCCUGAGAUCUAUUUUUGUUCAGGCGCAGUUACUUUUGCCUGUGUAAUCUUACGGUAACCACCGUCGUCAUCGCAACGCGAUCCGAGCUUCGUAACACGACAGAUCAGGCAUUGUCCUUACACCGCGGUCCACACAGACACAUAUACACACGUACAUAAACGAUGACCACAUUAAUUACCUGUACAUGCACAAUAGGUAUGAUAGUUACAUGUGUAUAUGUUAAUCUAAAACCGUGUGUAUCCGCAAAUGUUCGACGUUUCGCAGACGUGGCGGAAUCAAUAAAUCUCGAAUUUGCCUUUUAGCUAUCUAUUAUAAUACGAUUGUGGUUCCUCGUAUUAAUGUCUUCUAUAUUUUGUUUAGCGAUAUUGUUCGCGCGAUGUUCUCGAUUUGCGAUCUCAUAUGCGUAUACAGUGCACGGAAGAAGAAUAAUAAGAAUCAAAUAUUUUCUCGCGUUCGAUUUCCAUCGCUGGAAACGGACUCACUUUACCGUUAUUCAACUGUUCCGAAAGCUUUUGCGAUAUUUCGGAAAAUUCAUCUCGAUUCUUGUUACUAAUUGAAAUUUAAUGCUUUGCGGCCUGAAAAAAUUAGGCACCAUUUUGUGUCAAGAUAACUUCAAUCAGUUAAAAAUUAAUCCGGAAAUCGAACAAACAUGAUUUGUUAAAAAAAUAUGCUCUUUAGAAAUGCAAUUAGCGAUUACAGCGUAAUAAUAUUAGCUGUGAUCAAUAACAUUUAAUUACCAUGUGCAAAUCCAUAAAAUAAUUUUGGCCGUAAAGGAUUAAUUAGUAAUUGUGAUAUUAUGCUACUUAUUAAUAAAUAUUAUAAAGGAACGGUUUCCUGUAAAAAUCCAAAGUUUGCCAUGAUCAUUUUAAUACAUUUGUGACCUGAAAUUGAAGAUGUAAUUUUUAAAUAAAAAUGUUAAAUAUUCGACUGUUUACAGUAAUACCUUCGCAAAAAUGUAUUGGAAAAUAAUAUUUAGAAUGUCUUAAUAUAAAUCAUACAAUAUAAUAAACGUGUAUUUAUCACAUGGCGAAUGCUACGGACACCGUUGCUAUACUGGUUGAUAUAAGCACAAUAAUUCUUAUAUCACAUAUAUGUGUCACGCGUUUGUUAAUCACUAGCGAUGACGUUUUAAAUAAUCAAUCUUAAUGCUCUAAUUACACUUUUUACAAAGGAACAAAUCAAUUCCGUUUCCAGCGGGCGCAAAAUCUGAUAUCACAAAAAAGAUGCGAAAAAACACGCAAUGGACAACAUAUCAAGUUCUUCCCCCCCCUCAAAAAAUUGUUUGUAAAACCAUUUUUCCGUGUAUCAGAUGAUUAAUAUGAUUCAUUAUACACGUCCACGUUUGCGGAUGGAUACGCGCGCAAGUGUUCAAAAGACAAAAUGCCCGGUAAGAAUGCAAGGUAAACAGGAUCCGAGGGUAUAAAAGGCUUGUGCAACCCUCGUGAUCGAAAUUAAGAUAACGCAUGUACGAGAGAGUCGAUUCUACUUCCGUUCGAAGGACACAAAUUUGGGAAGGGCUUGUUCUCGUUGGAGAAAACUGAUUCGCGCCACGAAAUCAAUAGCAAUAAUGUAAGGGGAUUCUUUAUCAGAUUGAUGCCAAUGUACCAGAAUAUUUUGUAAAGAGAGAAAUAAGGCGUGUUUAUGAGCUAUCGAUUGAAGAAUUUUAGAGAUACAAAAUCUUGCCUUUUUAGAAUUUCUAAAGGUGGACACUUUUUGAGAAGCCUCUUUAGCUAUGGGAGAUCAUAACGAAUAUUUUUAGGCGUGUAGAAACAAUAUUAAUCGUUGAGCGUUGAAAUAUUUACAAAAUAAUCGGUAAAUAUAAAUGUUUUCUUCCGUCCGUUGCGAAGAUAAGUAUUUAAUAGUGAACUAGUCGGGCGAAUUGAGAGAAAGUCCCAAGAGAUAAAAAUAAUUAGAAGAAAAAAAAAAGAUAAUUUUGUAUUAAUGAUAAUAUAAAAUCGGGUAAUACAUUGGCAUCGAUCUGCGGCAAUAUAAUUAAAAACGGAAAACAUUUUUCACAUUUGUAGGACACGUUUUGGCGCAAUUGUAAUCCCUCGAGAACGAGCGCUCUUUGCCUGAUACUCGCCUUAUCUUCUUCUCAUCCAUAUCAAUCUUCAUCUUUAGACGAAGCAUGUAGAAAUUCUCGAACGUGAAAAUCGACUUUCUCGCCCGUGCAAACAAAGCGUUGAGUCCAGAGGGGGAUUUUGGGAGAGGAGUUAUCGGUCGCAGAAAAAUCGCGAUGGAAAUUUCGCAAAGGGCUCGACUAGAGCGUAGGAAACCCCGAUGAGUUACGGCCUCCGGUAUACGGAAGAUGGGGUUUUGCGGCGAUGUAUUUUUGUUCCUAUAUAUAUCUUUUCUUAACGAGAGUUCGCGCGAGGCUGAUGUCUUCCGCUCCUAAUCGCGGAAAAUCGUCCCUGGACUUGGCGCUGCGGCGAAUUAUUUUUUACGAAGAAAUUGUCAUAAAGAGAAAAUAGGAAACGCGAGAAGGAAAAGUAACAAGUGGAUUAAAUCGGAUCGUUCGGGCGUGAACAGUAAGAUCCUCACGACGAAACGAACGAGAUCGUCCCGAUACGUUGUUAUUUAAAUCGAUUAUCUGUCAUUACUGUAACGAAAAUAACAGUCAAUUCCGUUAGAUGUAAAUCUAUCCCUUUUUCCCCGUUUCAUCGAUGUAUACAAUAAAUGUUCGAUCAAGAGAUUAUUUAAUUUCUCUUCGAAAUUUUGUUAAUAAAUUAUUUUCUCGAUUGACAUAUCGUAAUUCAGUUUAUUCGAGGGGAUUAUCUAUCGCUGAUUCGCGAAGCGGCGGACGUUUGCGUACAGGGUGUUUCCGCUGUGAGAGCUAUACGGAAGUUAUUGGUUCUCUGAGAAUUCAAAAUGAUGGAAAGGUAAUCAAUAAUGUUAUAAAAUAUAUAAUG